GUGUGUGUGUGUGUGUGUGCGUGCGUGCGUGUGUCUAGGAUCGCUUGGCUGCGGUGAACAUCCUUGACUGACUGGCAUCUGCAACGCUAAAAAUCAACGUCAUGCUGCACUUUUGGGUCGAAAGAAGACGAAUCCAAAAGAGCGAGUCGUGAAUUGAGCCAAACCACGUUUGCUGCUCCGUGUUUUGGUCCUGACCAAGUGUGUUUUUGUCUACAAAUGGAUAAUGGAGGCUGGGGCCAUAGGAUGACUACUCCUGUUACCUUAAACGUAGGAGGUCACCUGUACACAACCAGCUUGUCCACACUGCAGCGUUAUCCUGACUCCAUGUUGGGCGCCAUGUUCCGGGGAGACUUCCCAACAGCUCGCGACUCCCAUGGAAAUUACUUCAUUGACCGCGACGGGACACUUUUCAGGUACAUCCUGAACUUCCUGCGGACGUCGGAGCUAACCCUCCCGGCUGACUUCACAGAGACAGAUCUGCUGAGGAAAGAGGCCGACUUCUACCAGAUUGAACCCUUGAUCCACUGCCUAAGCGAUCCCAAGCCUCUGUACCCUCCGGACAUCUUUGAGCAGGUUGUGGAGCUUUCCAGCACACGCAAACUGUCCAAAUACUCCAACCCAGUAGCAGUCAUCAUCACACAGUUAACCAUAACGACAAAGGUCCAUGCUCUGCUCGAGGGCAUUUCCAACAACUUCACCAAGUGGAACAAACACAUGAUGGACACCAGAGACUGCCAGGUGUCUUUCACCUUCGGGCCAUGUGACUAUCAUCAGGAGGUGUCCCUGCGAGUUCAUCUCAUGGACUACAUCAUGAAACAAGGCUUCACCAUCCGAAACACGCGUGUGCACCACAUGAGCGAGCGGGCCAAUGAGAACACAGUAGAGCAUCACUGGACUUUCUGUCGACCGGCUCAAAUCGUUGAAGACUGAUUUAUUCAUUGCAUAAAGGGAGUAUUUUCAAUUCUUCCAUAAGAAUGUUGUUGUUGUCCUCAACCAAUUAAGACUGUAUUUAUAGACUCACCCACUCCAUACUGCCCCAUGUGUAAAACCAGUA